AUGCCGGUUUAUAAAUUAGAAUAUUUCAAUGCAAAAUCUAAAGGAGAAUUAACUCGUUUAUUAUUGUCUACAGCCGAUCAGGAGUUCGAGGAUGUUAGAAUAUCUGUGGAGGGAUGGCCGAAAUAUAAAUCUAUAUUAUCUAGUAAUACUCCGUUUGAGCAACUUCCAGUGUUAACAAUAGACGGAAAAGAAAUGUCUCAGUCUGGAGCGAUGAAUCGCUACCUUGCUCGAGAGUAUGGUUAG